UCCGCCCCGUUCGAGCAGUGUUUUUAGACCCAACGCGGCCGCCGUAGUGCGGAUGGUAAGAUGGCGGCCGCUAUCUUUUGUAGUGUCGUGAGAAGUGCAUCAGGAAUCUUACGGCCCCUGGGUAUUGUGGCAUCUUCAACCUAUCAAAACUGUGCCAAGAAUGCCUGUCUUAUUUCUGCCUUGUCCACCCGGCAUUUUAGUCGUAUCCAAAUACCAGUUGUUACCUUUGCUCCCAGACUUCCUACAUCUGCUGGAAACCUGAUGUGUGGGCAUACCACAACUAUCCUUAACAGAGUGGCCCCAUUGCUUCCUAAUAUCCUGAAGCUACCAGUCAGAACUGUAACAUACUUCAGUUCAAGAAAAGGAAAGAGAAAGACCGUGAAAGCUGUCGUCUAUAGGUUUCUCCGACUUCAUUCUGGCCUUUGGCUAAGGAGAAAGGCUGGCUAUAAGAAAAAACUAUGGAAAAAGACACCUGCAAGGAAGAGACGCUUGAGGGAAUUUGUGUUCUGCAAUAAAACCCAGAGUAAACUCUUAGAUAAAAUGACAACGUCUUUCUGGAAGAGGCGAAACUGGUAUGCUAAUGAUCCUUAUCAGAUGUACCAUGAUCGCACAAACCUGAAAGUAUAGAUCUGAAGCUUUGUGAUUUCCCACCUGUCGAAUGUGCAUCUUUAUGUAUACGUCUUUUUAAAGAUGAAUGAGUAUAAAAUGAUGUAAAGUGUACCAACUGAUGUAUGUAAUCAUAUAGUACCAACAAUAAAACUUAAUGGAUGAAACAUUCCUAGAUUUGGUGAGGGAAAUAGCAGUGUAAAAUUGUGUGUUUUUUAAAUGUAAUAGCUUAACCAGUUGUUCCAGUUAGGCUUAUGUGGCUGCGAGGAACCUUAAGUUAGGACAAGUGUAAACAGACUCUAAAGCCAGCACAUAGCUGACGCAUUAUGACAUUACUUUAAGGAUACAUGCCUGGGAGCUCAGGAACCAUCUCACCAUCCCAUCUCCCACCAAGAAAUAAUCCUCAGACCACAUGAAGAGCAGAAACUCCGGGCAAUCCUGGAUCCGAGCUCCUCCAGUGGCCUCAGCAGCAGGAAGCAGUGGCUCAUUAGGCUUGGGCUCUGCUCUGCUGUUAUGUGACUCAGCUGUUUUUACAUUGUUGGCUCUGUUCCCUCUGCUCGCCAGCCUCCCUGAUUCACAGUUCUUGCUUACUCAUAGUUUCUGCUCCCUCAUAAUAACUUUAGCUUGCACCUUUGAGGUUCUUUUCUAUAUCAUGACCCUCAGCUCCUAUCUCUAGUCUCUUAUUGCCAAGAGAAUCUGACUGGACCAUCUUAUCUUUUUACACCAGGGGUUACUGUCCAGUGUUGGGAUUGGCUGUCCUAGGUAGCCCACCCUUGGCCCACUUAGUUGUGCUGAUAACUAGUAGUGUGGAACAGAAAUAGUUAUUUGAGCAUUUUCAAAUUAGAUGAGCGUAGGAGGGCAGCACGCUUGAUGUCUAGUGUACUGAGUUCAUUGUGUUUGGAACAGUUCACAUUUGGUUUAUUAGAAAAGAAGUUCUUAUAGAGAGAAGAAUAAGCGAGAUAGCCCCAUUGUGCCCAUCCAUGAAUCAGAAGAGACUAUUUAAAGUGAAGACAAAAUCUUUCUACCCAAGCAUUGAAGGAUACUGUAUUUUUUGAAAAUUAGUUUAUCCAUUUGAGAUUUCUUAUUUUCAUUGGUGAAGAUAAACUUUUACCAACAUUUUCCAAAGGUGCAUUGAAGAAAUUAAAGGGGAAAAAAGUAGCCUCAGUCCUUUUAGAAAUGAUGUAAGAAUUAAGCAUCGUUUACUUAGGAGGAGGUAAGAGGCACUGAGGAAAAUUCAGUUGACUGAGUGAUUAAAUUCUAGGGCAGUGGUUCUCGGCUAUCAUAACAGAAUCACCUGGGAAGCAUUUUCAGACAACAGCACUUUACCUGGUUGAAAACUAUUACUAAACAGAAGUGUGCAUCAAUUACAGUUGUUGAUGGUAAGAUGAAGUGUCUCUAUUAGUAGAAUAAGGUAAAAAAUAAACUAUGUGGAAGUUCUGUGGCAUGUUGGAUCAUGAGGAGAUUCCUGAAAGCCAGUGAGUAUGCAUUAAAAGGAAACUAAGGGAUGACAAUAGAACAUUCUAAAACCAGAAGGCCAAGUGUGUGUCUGUUUAUGGGAGCAAUUAAUAAAGAAUAGACAUUUGAGAGGAGGUAAAAACCUGAAACAUAGAAUAACAUUGUUUUGAUGGGUUUGCGUUUCCUCCUCCUGCUGAGAUGGCAGAAGACAGCUGCUUACAAGGUUGCCACUCUUCUCUCACCUGCCAGCUCCUGCCCUCUUACUCUGGUGGUGAGAUGGACCUGGUGCCUCAGAUGCUGGGAGGAGCACACUUUGCCAGUCUCCAUGAUUGAUCUCUCUAGUGCUAAAGUGGACCACAAGGUCUGCUACAGGGGCCAAGAGUGCCCCGGUUUCUCCUCUAAGCCAGGACAAGAAGGGGAGAGAGGAGGACCAGCAGCCAGUCCCACAGCAUCCAGAGGGAAGUUUCAUAAUACGACUUUUGUGAGUAGCAGGGUUGUCAUCAACACUGACUUUAUAGUUUGACAACGAAACAUCCUGCAUUAAACUAAAAGGUCUCCCUAAAGCACAAACAACAUAUGUAAAAGUAUAAUUUACUGGAUACCUACUGUGUCCCAGCCUAGGGCUGGGCACUUAAUCUACGUAACUGCUAGUUCUCAUACCAGCCAUUGUUCAUCCCUAGUUUAGAUCUGAGGAAACUGAAGAUUAUAGUGUUACGUAAAUUACCCAGAAGUUCAGCUAGUAAGUCACAGAACCCAGGUCUAACUCCUUGGAAUCCUGUGUCUGUCCCUCUGUCUUCUAACAAAUGAAAAUUCAUGUGUAAAUCAGCCGGUGACUGUAACCUAGCACCAUAAAUACUAGGUGUUUCCACAUGGCAUGGUAGUGACACAGCAUUUACAUUUGCUUAUUUUGCUUUCCUGUGACCUGUCAGCUCUUAACCUGUUAAUCCCAGUUCUGCUGACAUUGGACCUGGUUCAGGAAAUGAAUGAGUGAAUGGAUUUUUCAGUCUUUCCUUUUCAGUCCUUUUCAGUCCUCUGAAUCUAACCUUUACUGCUGCUGUUGCUUUAUUUUAAAGUUCUUUCAAACAUGUAGAAUAUAGGACUAUAAAGGCCAAGGAGAUGGACCCGUGUUCAGCUUUGAGGUUUCAGAUUUGGAAUUCCCAAGUCUCUGUGACCACAAACAAAGCUUUGUUGUACUGCUCGAUUUUGAAAGGUGAGGGCUGCAGUAGUGAUGCAGUACCUUGACCCACAGGGCACCUCCACACAGACCGCCCUGACCCGCAGGGUGUCUCCACGUAGACCGCCCUCACCCACAGGGUCCCUCUCACCCACAGGGUCCCUCCACGUAGACCGCCCUCACCUGCAGGGCGCCUACACACAGACUGCCCUGACCUGCAGGGUGCCUCCACCUGGGCCUCCCUCAACUCCAGGGUCCCUCCACGUAGACCGCCCUCACUUGCAGGGUCCCUCCACGUAGACCGCCCUCACCUGCAGGGUCCCUCCACGUAGACCGCCCUCACCUGCAGGGUGCCUACACACAGACUGCCCUGACCUGCAGGGUGCCUCCACGUGGGCCUCCCUCAACUCCAGGGUGCCUCCACGUAGAUCGCCCUCACCCACAGGGUCCCUCUCACCCACAGGGUCCCUCCACGUAGACCGCCCUCACCUGCAGGGCACCUACACACAGACUGCCCUGACCUGCAGGGUGCCUCCACGUGGGCCAGCCUCACCCUCAGGGGGCCUCCAUGUGGACCACCCUGUUCUGGCCUGCACUGGAACCCCCUCCUUUUGCAAUGAGGCAACAGGUUCAGAGGAGGAAAGCAAUGAACUGACGGUGCAUCUGCAGAAUUAAAACCCUGCCUUUUUCACAGCUGCCCAGUUUCCAUGGUGAUCUUUUAAAAAUGUAAAACAGUGAUACUGCCGGGUUUAUAUUUGUGUGAUCACCUGGUUUUCAAAACACUUGUAGAAUUUAAUCUUUUUCCCUUCCCACAGUCCCGUGCAGUAGGGGUGGGGCCCAGUCAGAAGGCCAGUUAGUGAGUGAGCACCUUGCUGCCUUCCACACAAAUUUCGUUUCGGUGUUUUCUCUUUCCUCAUAAGCCCAACAUUACAAAGGUGUUUUUUUAAAAGAAAAAAUGUUAAGACUUUAUUUAUUCAAGAUGAAUUAUCAGGCAUUAUGACAAAACAGCAGAACUCCAACCUUUGGAAUACUGUCCUUUACAUCCCUCUGAUGCACAGCCCCGGGUACUCUUUUAUUACAGAUCGUUCUGUAGGGACCACACGAAAUGAACUGGGGAAAUGUGCAUGGUCACGAUCCAGAAGAUCAGCUCUGUGUGCACUGUCAGAGGCGGAAGCACAUCCUUUGCCAUUUCACAAACUGCAAGGCGAAGAACUAGGAAGGAGCUCCAUGAUGGUCGUGGCUCACGAGCACUCAUCACAAACACAGGGACAGUUUACUAGGAGAACACGCACUUCACAGGCCAGCCAAGCGAGCAAGCUAUUCACACAAAGCUAGGAGGGAUGGUGACUAAACUUUCCAGUUUAUAGGUACAGGACCACACCUCACCUCCUCCGAAACCAGAUAGAUGAUCGGUGGCGGUUAA